CUCUUGGCGAAAUGUCAUUUCUCCUACUCACCUUCUCGGUGCUUGGUCUGCUGCUGCUGGCCGUCGCCCACCGACCGACGACGCCACCGCCGAUACAAGCUACGUCGCGCUGCGCUAUCUGCUGGGACUCGGUCGCCGUCACCGCCGGCAUGAGCCACUGCGGCGACUGCACAACGCUCUGUUGCGCCCCGUGCCUUCGACUGUACCUCCAGCGUAAAGCCGAGUCGCGCAACACGACGUUCGAGAGCCUGGCGUGCGUCGGCUGUGCGCGGCCACUCACCAAGCAUGUGCUGCGAGAGCUCUUGUCUCCAGGGCUGUACGCGACCUUGUGCAAGCGGCUUGCGCCACACCACACCGCGAGCUGCCCGCGACGCGGUUGCGACGGCACACUGUACCUUGAGAUGAACCGGAGCAAGUGGUUCUUUCAGCGGCGCGCCUUCUGCUCUCGCUGCCUCCGCCCCGCGUGUCUCAAGUGCGGGAAGGCGUACCAUUGCCUGCCGACGUGCCAGGACCGCCGCUUCGAGGCCUACUGCCGCGCGCACAACGUCCAGACGUGCCCUAGCUGCCACCGCUACAUUCAGCGGUCGGGUGGCUGCCACUACAUGGAGUGCAUCAAGUGUUCGCACGCCUUCUGCUGGAAGUGUCGACUGCCAUGGCGCUUUGGCCACGCCUGCUAGCUCCUAGGAGUCUCUUCACUAAACGCAAAACACGAGCGGAC